AUGUCUCUAGGUACGAUUUCACCGCCUUUCAUCUACGAGUCCGGUUCGCACCGUAAAUUGGCAGACACAGGCUUGCAAGGACAUCGAUGCUCAUCUGAAGCUAGGUUCCUCAAGCUUACACUGGAACGCGAGCAAGUACAGAAAGAGAUAGUGACACUACGAAAGCAACACAAGGAAGCUUUGCUGCUUGAUGCACAGAGGCGCUGCCGCAUCUUCGCAACGAGAUUUACCAACACUCUUCCCCUCGAAUUACGCGAGAUGGUCUAUACAGAACUAUGGUCCGGACAGAAACACCGCCAUGAUUAUCCAUCCGAAGGCGAAGGCAUAACUGCCGACCCGAAUUACAAAUCCGAUCCUCUAAAGUCAGUGAAGAGAGACAAGCUGUGGCGCUUAAACUGCAAAGGCGACUCAUAUCACUUUCAUCUGGGUAUUCGACCAGCGGAUCACGUGCGCUGCCUUGACCUGUUCGUCAGAGCUACGUACGCCAAUGAUCUCGCCAACGAAUAUUAUGACGACGAUGGAUAUGGCCCCCCCGCCCCGACCGAAUAUAAUCUUGAACAGGAUAAAUAUCGCGUUAUCGCCAUGGAAUCUUUAUUGACCUUGACACACUGGCUACGGCCCUUGUUGGACAUUCGCGUAAAGAAGGAUUUCCAUCUAAGAAUCUUUUUCAAAGACGGACGUGAGCAUCAAAAGUUGGAAGCAUUUCGCCCCGUUGUGCGGACAUUCGUGGAUGCCGGUGCUCACUUUGCCCUCUUAUCGCCUGUUCCCGGUAUGGAUGAGCAUCAGAACGUACUCAAUUAUUUCGAAAUGGGCCUGCAAGAUUGGCAGAACGAAUGGGCAGCAAUUGCCGAAGCUAGACGACUCGAGCAGUUAGAAAGCAUGCGGAAAAGCCGUAUGCGGUACGCCAAUGAGGCGUUGGGUGAUGACACAGAGAUAGAUAUACUCAUCUUGAUGCUGAGGAGCCGCGUGCAAAAUGAUCGUGAUGUGAGACGCCUGGUGGAGCUCGUCGCACGUGGCGAGGCGAAUGAACGGCAGCUGUACGAAUUCGGACAUCUUAUGAAUGACCUCGAGUGGGACGCUUUUGCAUCACACCUGCCAGACGAUUACAGCGAAGGCACCGCUACAAGCUGA